AUGUUGCCGUUCGUGCCUCAUCCUCUCCCUAUCCCAGUGGACUCGCCCUUCCCGGUCUCCAACAUCCCGUUUGGGAUUUUUAGCACACUCAAAAAGCCCCAGCCCCGACCCGGGGUUGCAGUUGGUGAACAUGUCCUGGACCUUUGCGCCCUAGCAGCCCAAGGCCACAUCCAGGGCUCCGAGCAGAUGAGGCGCGCUUUGUGUCAGCCAACCCUGAACGACUUUGCCGCGCUUCCAGGUCAUGAACGAGCCGCUGUUCGCAGAAGUAUUCAGGAGCUCAUCACAACUAGAGGUUCUCCAUUAUACGACGAGCAGGGGCAAUCGAAGUAUUUAGUUCAGAGCGCUGAUGUGAAUUUACAUCUGCCAAUGACUAUCGGCGGGUUUACCGACUUCUCAUGCUCCCUAGUUCACAUGCGCAAUGCUGGACGCAUUGCAGGUCAUCCUCAGCUCCCGGCUAAUUUCUUCAACGUACCACCAGCAUACAACGGGCGAGCCUCCUCGGUUGUAGUGAGCGGUACGCCAAUCCAUCGCCCCUAUGGCAUUCGACCAGAUUCCCAUGACGACCACAUUGCAUUUGGUCUAAGCCAAAAGCUAGACUACGAAGUUGAACUGGGAAUGUUUGUGUCAAAUUCCAUACCGCUCGGCCAGCGAAUUUCCGCUUCCAAGGCGAAGGACCAUAUCUUCGGUUUCGUGCUUUUGAACGACUGGACUGCCCGAGACAUCCAGUUCUAUGAAAUGACGCCGCUUGGCCCUUUCAAUGGCAAAGCUUUCGCGACAAGCAUCUCUCCGUGGAUUGUCACCUUGGAGGCCCUUCAGGAGGCAGGUGCCAUCAUUCCCGUGGAUAAAGACGGGCUUCAAGACGAGCUUCAAGGGGGAAAAGCGUCCACAAUCCCGUUUUUGCAGGCGAAGGAAGAUGUUUCGGCAGAGGUUUUGACAUUCUUGGAUAGUAUGUGA